AUGUCCAGGUCUAAUGUAGUUCUCUUGGAUCAUUGGGUUAGCCCAUAUGCCAUGCGGGUCAGGAUUGCACUAUGGGAGAAAGGAGUUGAGUUCGAGUCAAGGCAACAAGACUUGGGCAAUAAGAGUGAGUUGCUACUUCGAUCAAAUCCUAUCUACAAGAAGGCUCCUGUUCUUUUGCAUGAUGAUAAACCGUUGUGUGAGUCUCUUAUUAUAGUUGAGUAUAUUGACGAGGUAUGGCCGAGUCCUCCAUUGUUACCUUCAAGCUCUUAUGAACGUGCUACCGCCCGAUUUUGGGCCGAUUUCAUAGAUAAAAAGUUUGCAGAAGCUGCAAUCAAGACAUGGAGAAGCGCAAGGUCGGCCGAGGAGCUUGAAGCAGCGAGGAACGAAUUCUUCGAGACACUGAAGCAGCUGGAAGAAUUUCUGGGAGAAAAAGAUUACUUUGGUGGAGAAACUUUUGGGCUCGUAGACUUGGCGCUGAUUCCAUUUUGGAGCUGGUUCUCUGCUUAUGAGAAGUUUGGGGGAUUCAAGAUAGAAAGCCCAAAGCUCUCUGCUUGGAUACAAAGGUGCAUGGAGAGAGAAAGCGUCGCCAAAGCGCUGCCGGCGCAGGAGAAGGUGUUGGAGUUUGUCUGCAUGUUGAGGAAAAUUUUUGGAUUCGAUCAGUAAAUCUGCUAGCUGAGAAUUCACGAACUUGUUUGCU